AUGGGACUCAUUCACUACAUCGCCGUGCUCGUCGGAUUCCUGUUCAUCUUCGCAGGCCUUCUCAAGCUCACACCGAUCGAGCUCGGCAAUGGUUUCAGCCAGUCAGAGAUGAAGACGAUGUUCAAACGUUACCUCUCUGUCCUUCCCGUACAUCACAUGUUCGGGGUUACGAUCACCACAACGAUUUACAGGUCGGCCGUCGGGUUUGCUGAAACUGUCUUCGGGAGCAUGCUAGCAUUCGGACGCUCUUUUUGGAGGGUGAUUGGAGCUUUCUAUCUUCUUAUCAUCAUGAUUGGAGCAUUCCUCACACAUCAGAAGAUUGGUGAUCCCAUUGCAAUGGCGUCGCCUCCUCUCUUCCUUGGUAUUUUACUGUUAAUCAUUCUGCUGAAUCGACGCCAACUGAAUACCAACUAUGGCAGGACUGCCAAGGCAAAAAGCGAUUGA